GCCCCCGCAUGGGUCGCUCAAGGAGAAAGCACUAUUGUAUCGUUUUCCCUACUCGAGUCACCACUACAUAAAUCGAAUGCAUAUGAACAAUACAUAGUAUAGUAUGCCUAUUUAUAUUUUUAAAAUGCGUUCUUGAACUUGAUUGAACUUGGUGGUUGCUUAGGAAACCGUAACGCGCGAAUUCUCAAUAAAGAUGUCGAACAAAAUGUUAUCUUGAAAUCAGUGAAGAAUUCUUUUCUUUAGAAGCUGUUCUUUAGAAACAACGCAAAGAUGUCUCAAACGGGAGAGAAGGAACGGAACCGAGCCAACAUGUCAGAACCUGUGCAUCACCAAAUAAAUGCUGCUCGAAAAACGUUUCAAACACUAUACCAGAUCUCGAAAUUAUUAAACACGAACUUGGACCCAACUACGUUAGGCAUAUGCAUUAGAUUAUGCGAGAAUGGAGUGAAUCCGUAUGCACUUGCAACUGUGGUAAAAGAACUGCAGAGAGAAGUGAACGCUAUGAAUAAUCCGACGACUUAAAUCUUCCUACCAUUGAUACUGUUUUCAAUAUAAAUAUAGUUAAGUUUUGUUUU